GCUCUGUUCUCCGCACCAAAAAAGCACCGAAAAACAAAAAGCGCUUCCAACAAAAGCCGCUUCUUGCAAACUUCAGAACUCCAAAAAAAAAAAAAAAAAAAAAAAAAAAAAUCAGAAGCCAAGGGGCAGAGCCGGACAGCUCGAGAGAGAGUUGCGGGCAGUCCGAUCGCAGUUGGAUGGUAGUGAUCGGGGGCGGGUGAGGAGGAGGUUCGCCACGAUGAUCACGGUUCAGGGAGAGGCUCGUCAGCCGCCGGCGGUGGUCGGAGCUUCUAGGGCUCACUUCGGCGUCGCUCGCGAUGACUCCUUUGGGAUCAAGCCGGAGCCGUCGUCGCUCUGCUUGGUCCCUUUCAAGCCUCAUCACGAUGCUCGUGAAGUCGAUGAAGACGCACAUUUGACUGUUGCUCAUCAAAUGUACAAGGCUGGAAACUAUAAGGAGGCACUAGAGCAUAGCAAAAUCGUGUAUGAGAAAAACCCGAUUCGCACCGACAAUCUCCUGCUUUUGGGUGCAAUCUAUUAUCAGUUGCAUGACUUUGAUAUGUGUAUCGCCAAAAAUGAAGAAGCCCUUCGAAUUGAGCCCCAUUUUGCUGAGUGUUAUGGGAACAUGGCUAAUGCUUGGAAGGAAAAAGGAAAUAAUGACCUUGCUAUUCGCUAUUAUUUGGUUGCCAUUGAGCUUCGUCCCAACUUCUGUGAUGCAUGGUCAAACUUAGCUAGUGCAUACAUGCGGAAGGGAAGACAUGAAGAAGCGGCACAGUGUUGUCGCCAGGCACUUGCAUUAAAUCCCCAUUUGGUUGAUGCCCAUAGUAAUCUUGGAAAUCUAAUGAAGGCACGGGGAUUGGUGCAAGAGGCAUACAGUUGCUACCUUGAGGCUAUACGUAUACAACCACACUUCGCUAUUGCAUGGUCUAAUCUUGCUGGUCUUUUCAUGGAGUCUGGUGAUCUUAAUAGAGCCCUGCAGUACUAUAAGGAGGCUGUGAAACUCAAACCUUCUUUUCCAGAUGCGUAUCUCAACCUUGGGAAUGUUUAUAAGGCUUUGGGACUGCCUCAGGAGGCAAUCGUGUGUUAUCAGCGUGCUCUCCAGACAAGACCCAACUAUGCAAUGGCUUUCGGAAAUUUGGCUAGUUCGUAUUAUGAGCAAGGUCAACUGGAUCUGGCAAUCCUACAUUAUAAGCAAGCCAUUUCCUGUGAUGCAAGAUUUUUGGAGGCUUACAAUAAUUUGGGCAAUGCUCUGAAAGACAUUGGCAGAGUGGAUGAAGCAAUUCAAUGCUACAAUCAAUGCCUUACUUUACAACCUAACCAUCCACAAGCGCUUACAAACCUUGGGAAUAUUUAUAUGGAAUGGAACAUGGUGGCUGCUGCUGCUCAAUAUUAUAAGGCCACAUUGACCGUAACAACUGGAUUGUCUGCUCCUUUUAAUAAUCUUGCCAUCAUCUAUAAGCAACAGGGGAACUAUGCGGAUGCAAUUUCUUGCUACAAUGAGGUUCUUCGCAUUGAUCCCUUGGCAGCUGAUGGGCUUGUCAACAGGGGCAACACAUACAAGGAGAUUGGUAGAGUCAGUGAAGCAAUUCAGGACUACAUACAUGCAAUAUCUGUCCGGCCAACUAUGGCUGAAGCUCAUGCAAACUUGGCUUCAGCUUACAAGGAUAGUGGACGUGUCGAGGCUGCUAUUAAGAGCUAUAGUCAGGCAUUGCAUCUUCGAACUGAUUUUCCAGAGGCAACUUGUAAUCUUUUACAUACAUUACAGUGUGUAUGCAGUUGGGAGGAUCGUGACAAAAUGUUUUCUGAAGUGGAAGGCAUAAUCAGGAGGCAGAUUAAUAUGUCUCUUCUGCCUAGUGUGCAACCUUUCCACGCAAUAGCAUAUCCUAUUGAUCCAAUUCUGGCACUUGAAAUUAGUCGUAAAUAUGCUGCACACUGCUCCAUAGUUGCAUCCCGAUUUGGACUUUCUCCCUUCAACCAUCCUGCUCCUGUCCCCAUAAGGCGUAAUGGUGGACCUCAGAGACUAAGGGUUGGAUAUGUAAGCAGUGACUUCGGUAAUCACCCUUUGUCACAUCUUAUGGGAUCUGUGUUUGGGAUGCAUAACAAGGACAAUGUUGAGGUUUUCUGUUAUGCCUUGAGUCCAAAUGAUGGAACGGAAUGGAGACAACGCAUCCAGUCUGAAGUGGAGCACUUUACGGAUGUCUCUUCUUUGUCAUCAGAUACGAUUGCCAAAAUGAUUAAUGAAGAUAAGAUACAAGUCUUAAUUAACCUCAAUGGCUAUACAAAGGGGGCAAGAAAUGAGAUAUUUGCUAUGCAGCCAGCUCCCAUUCAGGUUUCAUACAUGGGGUUCCCUGGUACCACGGGGGCAAAUUAUAUCGAUUAUCUAGUCACUGAUGAGUUCGUUUCACCUUUACGCUACGCACAUAUUUAUUCUGAGAAAAUUGUUCAUCUCCCGCAUUGCUACUUUGUGAAUGAUUAUAAGCAGAAAAAUCAAGAUGUGUUGGAUCCAAGCUGCCGGCACAAGCGAUCAGAUUAUGGGCUGCCCGAGGAUAAAUUUAUAUUUGCAUGCUUCAAUCAGUUGUACAAAAUGGAUCCUGAAAUUUUUAAUACUUGGUGCAAUAUUCUUAAACGUGUACCCAACAGUGCACUUUGGCUCCUCAGAUUCCCAGCUGCAGGCGAAACAAGACUUCGUAAAUAUGCUGUUGAUCAAGGAGUCCAGCCAGACCAAAUCAUCUUCACGGAUGUUGCUAUGAAAGGUGAACAUAUCAGGCGGAGUGCGUUGGCAGAUUUAUUCCUUGACACGCCUUUGUGCAAUGCACAUACGACAGGCACGGAUAUUCUAUGGGCAGGUCUGCCGAUGGUGACCCUUCCCCUUGAAAAGAUGGCUACCAGGGUUGCUGGAUCACUGUGUCUCGCCACUGGACUGGGAGAUGAGAUGAUUGUUAGCAGCAUGAAAGAGUAUGAAGAGAGGGCAGUGUCUCUGGCGUUGAAUCCUCCAAAGCUCCGUGCUCUUGCCACCAAGCUCAAGGCAGCCCGACUGACUUGUCCUCUGUUCGACACCGCACGCUGGGUGAGGAAUCUGGAGAGGAGUUACUUCAAAAUGUGGAAUCUGCAUUGCUCGGGCCAGAAGCCGCAGCAUUUCAAAGUCACCGAGAACGAUUUAGAGUUCCCCUACGACAGGUAGAAGGGCAAAGUUAGAGACGGGAUUUGUAGAUAGUUUAGGAGAGAAACAAAAUAGGGAAGUUGCUUCAAUGGAUUAGGAGAUCCAUAUAAUUAUUACCCAAUAUGUUAAAUCCUGGACAAGUUUCGAGUCGGAGGAGAGAUUAGCUCGACGUAGCAGUAUUCAGUAUGUCACUCUUUCCACUUGCUCCCCUCCGCACCAUUCCCUCCAUCUACCAUAUAAUCUUGUGAUUUGUACGUCUCUUAUGUAAUGGAGAUGGUAUACUUGUGUGCUGAUUUAUGUCUCCCACGUUAACCGUCGUAUCAUUAAUGGUAAUGUAUUGGUUCCGUC